AUGGGAUUCAGUGAAAAUACUUGCUUGUUACUUGCUUUUCUCAUAUAUUUGUUCGCUUUUACUCUUCUGAUUAGUGGCUUGGACACCGUCGCGCUAUCUGUGUUGAUCCAAGAACCUGAAACGGUGAGCUCAAAUAAUGGCAUGUUCACUCCGGCAUUUUUCAGACCUCAGAAUUCCACAAGUUGCUACUUAGAAAUUGGGUUUAUGUCUGAAUCCUUUGUUGUUUGGGUGGCUAACAAAAACGAUCCACUAACAGAUUCUUCUGGGAUUCUGACAAUAUCAGGAAAUCACAAUCUUCUUGUUUUGAAUGGGCAAGAACAGGUUGUUUGGUCAACAAAUGUCUCAACGGCAUCAAAUUCGAGUGCUCAACUCUUAGAUUCUGGCAAUCUUGUCCUCAUGGAUAGAACUACUGCUGCAGUCCUGUGGCAGAGUUUCCAGCAUCCUAGCAAUGCAUUAUUAGAAGGCAUGAAACUGGACCCCAAUAAAAAAACAGGCCAGAAGAUGCAACUUGCAUCAUGGAAAAGUACAUACGAUCCAUCCUAUGGAGGAUUUUCUUUCAGUCUUGAACCACGUAAUGUCACUGAAAUAGUCGUGUGGAAAGAAAAUCAUCCUUGCUGGCAAUCUGGUCCCUGGGAUGGCAUAGCCUUCAUUGGAAUAUCUUGGAUGACUCAAUCUAUCUUCAAGAGUGGUGUUCAGAUUAAAGAAGAGGGAGAGAUUUAUAACAUAUCUUAUGAUCACAUAAACAAGUCUAUCUUGAUGACCAUCAUAUUAGAUUCUCAAGGCAUAGUGAAACCAAUGAUUUGGAAUUCUAGGGCAAAUAUUUGGGAAACUCGGAGGAAAGGUUUUCAUUCUACGUGUAAUGUUUAUGGCAUAUGUGGCCCAUAUGGAAUCUGCAAUAAGCAGGGCUCACUAAUCUGCGGCUGCUUGGAAGGGUUUGAACCAAAGAACAAAGAAGAAUGGGCAAGGCAGAAAUGGACUAGUGGGUGCAUUAGAAGAGAAACACUUCAGUGUGGAAGAGACAAAAAAGGUUCUCAAGCUAGCAAAACAGAUGGAUGGUCAAGUUAUGUGCCUAAGGAAUUGCUCUUGCAUGGCUUAUGCCUAUGA